CUGGCUGGGCCAGCGGGCUCAGGUGGCACAGGGAGGCUGCCAUGGCCGCCCAGGCCCUGGCUGCUCAGGCGGUGGCCUCGCGCCUGCAGCGGCAGGAGGAGGACAUCCGCUGGCUGUGCGCAGAGGUGCAGCGCCUGAGGGACGAGCAGCUGCGCGGGCCCGAGCGGGGCCAAGCCGAGGGCCCGCGCCUGACACGCGAGGUGGCACAGCUCCAGGCGGAGAACCGCGACCUGCACCAGCGCCUGUGUGGCCUGCGGCUGCGCCUGGCGGAGCAGCGCGGCCCCGGGGCCGGGCGAGCAGCGGCGCACGAGUCUCCUGCCCCAAACCAAGAGAAGGACCCAAAGAAGAAGAGGUCGAAGCAGAGUGGGCCUGACAGGGAGGUGAAGCAACCGAAUUUUAUAAAAGAGAGAUUACAGCUUUUUGAAACAUUGAAGACAGAUCAUCAGCUGUUACCUGCUACUCAGGAAAAGAAGAACACAAACAGUGUGAUUUCAGUGAGGGUGGCUGGUGGGAAGACAGUGCAAGGAGAAAGGUGGAAAACAACACCUUAUCAAGUGGCCGCUGGGAUUAGUAAAGAACUGGCUGAACAUACAGUGAUUGCCAAAGUGAACGGUGUAUUGUGGGACCUGGACCGUCCGUUGGAAGGGGAUUCCACUGUGGAGCUGCUGAUGUUUGACAAUGAGGAAGCCCAGGCUGUGUACUGGCAUUCCAGCGCUCACAUCCUGGGGGAGGCCAUGGAACUUUACUACGGAGGCCACCUGUGCUAUGGCCCACCCAUUGAAAAUGGGUUUUAUUAUGAUAUGUUCAUUAAAGACAGAGUGGUGUCCAGCACUGAGUUGUCUGCCCUGGAGAACAUAUGUAAAACUAUUAUCAAAGAAAAGCAACUGUUUGAAAGACUGGAAGUCAGCAAGGACACUCUCCUGGAAAUGUUUAAGUACAAUAAAUUUAAGUGCCGGAUUCUGCAGGAGAAAGUGGACACUCCGACGACCACUGUUUACAGGUGUGGUCCAUUGAUUGACCUUUGCAAAGGCCCCCAUGUAAGACACACUGGAAAAAUUAAAGCCAUAAAAAUUUUCAAGAACUCCUCAACAUAUUGGGAAGGCAACCCUGAGAUGGAAACUUUGCAGCGGAUCUAUGGGAUAUCCUUUCCUAGCAGCAAAAUGAUGAAAGACUGGGAGAAAUUCCAAGAGGAAGCCAAGAGCCGGGACCACAGGAAGAUCGGGAAGGAACAAGAACUUUUCUUCUUCCAUGAUCUGAGCCCUGGAAGCUGUUUUUUCCUCCCGAGAGGAGCGUUCAUUUACAAUACGCUUAUGGAUUUCAUACGAGAGGAAUAUCACAAGCGUAACUUCGCAGAAGUGCUCUCUCCUAACAUGUACAACAGUAAACUCUGGGAAACUUCAGGCCACUGGCAGCAUUACAGUAACAACAUGUUCACCUUUGACGUUGAGAAGGACACUUUUGCCCUCAAACCCAUGAACUGUCCAGGGCACUGUUUAAUGUUUGCACAUCGCCCGCGAUCCUGGAGGGAAAUGCCUGUUAGAUUUGCUGAUUUUGGAGUUCUUCACAGAAAUGAGCUGUCAGGCACUUUAAGCGGCUUAACCCGAGUGAGGCGCUUCCAGCAAGAUGAUGCUCACAUCUUCUGCAUGGUGGAGCAGAUCGAAGAAGAAAUAAAGGGGUGCUUGCACUUUUUACAGUCCGUUUACUUGACGUUUGGCUUCUCCUUUCAAUUAAACCUGUCCACAAGGCCUGAGCACUUCCUAGGAGAGCUUGAGAUAUGGGAUGAAGCUGAAAGGCAACUGCAGAACAGCUUGGUGGAAUUUGGAAAACCAUGGAAAAUAAACCCAGGAGAUGGAGCAUUCUAUGGUCCUAAAAUCGAUAUAAAAAUUAAAGAUGCUAUUGGCAGAUACCAUCAAUGUGCCACAAUUCAGCUGGACUUCCAACUGCCUAUCAGGUUUAACCUCACAUAUGUUAGUAAGGAUGGGGAUGACAAGAACAGACCUGUGAUCAUUCACCGCGCCAUCCUGGGGUCUGUGGAAAGGAUGAUAGCCAUUCUCUCAGAGAACUACGGGGGAAAAUGGCCUCUCUGGCUGUCCCCUCGCCAAAUAAUGGUCAUCCCUGUAGGUCCAACUUGUGAAAAUUAUGCACUACAGGUGUCCAAGGAAUGCUUCGAAGAAGGCUUCAUGGCUGAUGUCGACUUAGAUGACAGUUGUACACUAAAUAAGAAAAUACGGAAUGCACAGCUGGCUCAGUAUAAUUUUAUUUUGGUGGUUGGUGAAAAGGAAAAGAUAAAUAAUGCAGUAAAUGUUCGAACAAGAGACAACAAAAUUCAUGGAGAAAUAUCAAUAGCUUCAGUCAUUGAAAAAUUGAAGAACCUCAAAAAAUCACGUACACUAAAUGCUGAGGAAGACUUCUGAAGGCUUCUUCUUGUGCUUCUAUAUAACCUUGUUUUGACUUCUGAAAUGUAUUUUCCCUGUCACUUACAAUAUUAGUACUUCUAAGAACCCUAGGGCCACUUAUAGGGCUCUAGUGAGUUCAACCUAAGAAGGAAAAGUGAUAUUUGAUAUAAACAAAAUUUUAUUUCGUUAUGUCCUGAGACUAAAUAGGAGAAGCUGGAGAAAUUUGCAAGCUAUCAAGACUCCAGAGACUACAUGAUAAAAUGGUGUUCAUUCAAAGAGGGAAACACUAGCGAGAAUUAUCAGAAAUCAUGCUUGUUUCUUUCUCAAAAGAUGUGUUUCCAGCCCAGGGACUGUAGCUUCGUGACCAGAGCAUCCGUGUUGCAUGUAUGAGGCCUGAGCUCUAUCCCCAGCAGCCACCGCCUCUCACCCAACAACGACAGAAAUAGACUUUCAAUAAAAGCCCAUGGUCUUUUUGGAACAUGGAGGGGAGAUGUCUUAUUUUCUAAUAUACACAUCUCAGGUAUUUUUAUGGCUGCUUUACUAAAGUUCACACUGAAACUCAUGCCCAAAGUUGAAAUUGCUACUUCAUUUAGUGGGCAAUCAUAAGAGAAGUACUAAUAUUGUGUUAGUGGCAAAGGACUAUGAAACCUCAAAGAGAUUUUGUGGAAUCUGUUAUUUGCAUCGUGGGUUAAGAGUUACAGUUUUAAUGCUUCUAAUUCAUAAUUCAUUAUUUAUCUCUAGAAACACUAAAGUCCUAAAUAAAAUGCAUCACAUGGUGUUUCUAGAA